AUGGAGCCUCCGCCGGCUCCUGCCGCUCCGGCUGCGGCGCCAGUCUUCAAGAAGCGCGAGCGCAACAAGAACGUCCGCCCGCGUGGUGGUGGCGCCGCCUCGUCUUCGGCCGACGCCGGGCCGGAGCCCGAGGGCUCGGCGGUCAUCCGCGUUGCCAAAGCGGCCAAGGCGAAUCCGCUCGUGCAGGGCACGGCGAGCGCGCGCAAGGCGGCGGCGGCUAUCGAUCUGCUGGCGGUGGGCGUGCAGCCGUCGGACGCGCGCAUCUCUACGUACGACAACAAGGCGACCGCGUCGAGCGAGCAGGACGUCCCGCGCGACCGCGACGCGCAGGCGCUCUACGAGACGGCGCAAAAGCAGUGGGAGGACGGCGGCGACCGGACGGCGGACGGCGCGGCAGUGUACCGCGGGCAGAAGGCGUACCGCCAGUACACCAACAAGGCGGAGGACUUCACCAGCCAGGUGAUGUCUGGCGCUGGCCCCGCGCGCGCGCCCGUGCAUUACCGCGCGACUGCGGUGAUGGACUACAAGCCGGACAUCUGCAAGGACUUCCGCGACACGGGCUACUGCGGGUACGGAGACGCGUGCAAGUUCUUGCACGACCGCUCCGAUUACAAGUCUGGCUGGCAGCUCGAGCGGGACUGGGAGGAAGGUGUCUGCACCGCCUCCCCGUUGGAACAGGCGCACGACGAGGCUCUCGUGGCGAUGGGGGAGGCCGAGGCGGCGCCGGCGGCCGACGAUGGCCUGCCCUUUGCGUGCCUCCUCUGCCGCGAGCCGUGGCACAAGGGCUCGCGCCCCGUCGUGACCAAGUGCGAGCACUACUUUUGCGAGAAGUGCGCCCUCGGCCACUUCAAGCAGACGCGGCGCUGCUACGUGUGCGCCGAGCAGACGGGAGGCAUCUUCAACCACGCCAAAAACAUCCAGGCGAAGGUGGACGCGCGCGCGGAGGCGCAGGCGGCGGCCGCCGCCUCGUCCGAGAUGACGGAGGAGCUCGUGGCAGAGUACGAGGCGAGCCAGAAAAAGGCCGCCUGCCGAGGGCUGGUGCUGUCGCUUUCGCUGGCCUGCGCUGGCAACUCAGCAGCUGCUCGCGACCUCUCUCGUCAUGCUGCCGCUGGCGCUAGCCCUGCUGUCGUGCACGACGACCGCAUUGCAGCGGACCUGGCUCAAUUCGCCCAUGAUGAGAAGGGCUCGCUCUCGGAGGCCUUCGCCGCGUUUCAGCGCAAGCCGGAACCAAAGCUGCCCGGGCAGAGCGGCGCGACAAAGGGGAAGGAGGGUUUGCCGAUUCGGCUCGGCGGAGACGUGCGCGGCGGCUCGCUCGGCGACUUACGUGCGGCUGUUGGCGGCUUUCCGCUCGACCCUCGAAACUGGCAGGCGCCUAGUCGGACGGGAGACUGCACCGCGGAGGAGGCCGGGCUCGUCUUCGUCUUCGCCUUCACAUUUGGUGCCUUCCUGUGGGGCUACCUUGAGUACGUGGCCUAG